AUGGCUUCAUCUGGAAAUCUUUCGCGCACAGUAGCUCGUACUGCUGCUCAAGUGUCAGAGUCUUCAAUUCGUACUUCUGCAACAAGAUCCAAUAGACAUGAGCUCCAAGGACGGUCUCUGUACCUUUGGGUCUGGCCAGCACCCGUCAACUCUACAGAGAGGCGCUCAAUUCUCAAGGCACUUCAACAACAUGGCGGCCCAGUCGAGUAUUUUAAAUGGCUACCAGUAUGGCUAUUCCGAGUUGUGGGCCAGGGUUCUAAUAAAGUCUUGGGUUCCAUCUACAUAUCUUUGAUGAAAGAAAGUCAAGAUGCUGCCAAAGCUAUUUCUUCCAGUCCGAUCAGCAUUACGGUUCCCAAGUCUAGCACAGAGACAACAUCUGUUGUCAAGAUAAAUGGCCGCAAAGCAGAGUUCCAGAAGCAAGACUCUUCAAAGGCAGGGAGUUCUGAAUUUGUCGUUGAAAUCUCCGAGACUCUCACAUAUAGACAUGAACAGAGCGCCAAAAACUCACCUCUGACCAGACCGUGGCCGGAAUUUGUUGUCAAGUCACCAACACUCGCAUCCAAAACUCUACAGCACUCCCUCCCUGACAGCAUUGCGGCUGUUGGCUUGAGGCACUGGGAUGUGGACUUGGGAGUGCAAGAAGUGGCGGACAACAAGAGAUUUGAAAGAGAGCAGAUGCGCAAUUGGCUCCCAAGCAAGAUAGCAAAUCUUCCUCCAAAAACGAAAAUAGAACACGGUCAAAAGGAAACAACAUACACGGAUGGUUCCCUAGCGGCUUCGGCACAGACUUUGCCUGGAACUUUCAUUGGCAGCUUGAUAGAAAAGAAGGCAGAGGAGUCAACAGAGGUUUCCGCAAAAGAGAUCGCAGAGGCUUCAACGGAGACACCCGCAGAGAUCUCGGUAGAGGAGUCAGCAGCGUCGUCGACACAGGACUCCACAGAGGUUACAACAGAAAAUCCGACGCAGAGUGUGGCAGAGGAGUCACCUGAGGGUCAAAGAGUCGACAAUCAAUAG